CCCAACGUCACUUUCUCGCGCGGCAAGGAAGGCGAGGCGUUCAUAAUUGGUGUCUGCGUUGCUCUGUUUUGUUACGUGGGGGGCAGGCGGCAGUGGUAUUCGCAGAAUGAGCGAGGCAGACGGGCUACGGCAGCGCCGUCCCCUGCGGCCGCACGUCGUCACUGACGACGGACGGACCUCGGAGACCAAGGACAGCAGCUCCUUUAGUGGCAGAGUUUUCCGAGUGACCUUUUUGAUGCUGGCUGUUUCCCUCACCGUUCCCCUUCUUGGAGCCAUGAUGCUGCUGGAUUCUCCCAUAGAUCCACAGCCUCUCAGCCUCAAAGAACCACCUCUCUUACUUGGUGUUCUGCAACCAAAUACAAAGUUACGACAGGUGGAAAGACUAUUUGAAAAUCAACUUACUGGGCCAGAGUCCAUAGCACAUAUUGGGGAUGUGAUGUUUACUGGUACAGCAGAUGGCCGGGUUGUAAAAUUUGAAAACGGUGAAGUAGAUACCAUCGUCCAGUUUGGGUCAGGCCCAUGCAAAACCAGAGAUAACGAACCUACUUGUGGGAGACCCCUGGGCAUUCGGGCGGGGCCCAACGGGACCCUCUUUGUGGCUGAUGCAUAUAAGGGACUGUUUGAAGUAAAUCCCUGGAAACGUGAAGUGAAAUUGUUGCUGUCCUCUGACACACCCAUUGAAGGGCGGAAAAUGUCCUUUGUGAACGAUCUUACAAUAACUCGGGAUGGGAAGAAAAUUUAUUUUACGGAUUCCAGCAGCAAGUGGCAAAGACAAGAUUAUCUGCUUCUCCUUAUGGAAGGAACGGAUGAUGGGCGCUUGCUAGAGUAUGAUACGGAGACCAAGGAAGUAAAGGUUUUACUGGACCAGUUGCGGUUCCCUAAUGGAGUGCAGCUUUCUCCUGCAGAGGACUUCAUCCUGGUGUCAGAGAUGACCAUGGCAAGGAUAAGAAGAUUCUACGUGUCUGGCCUGAUGAAGGGAGGGGCCGACCUGUUCGUGGAGAACCUGCCUGGAUUCCCAGACAACAUUCGGCCCAGCACUUUCGGAGGGUACUGGGUCUCCCUGGGAACCAUUCGCCCCAACCCCGGGUUUUCAGUGUUGGAUUUCUUAUCCGAGAAACCUAGUAUUAAAAGAAUGAUUUUUAAGCUGUUUAGUCAAGAGAUGGUGAUGAAGUUUGUGUCACGGUAUGGCCUCAUCCUAGAACUCAGCGACAGUGGGGCCGUCCGGAGAAGCCUACACGAUCCUGAUGGGCAUGUGGUCUCCUGCAUCAGCGAAGUGCAUGAACAUGACGGGCACCUAUACCUGGGCUCCUUCCAGGCCUCCUUCCUUGGCAGACUCAGCCUUCAGUCUAUCUAGCUGUCCUGAUUGCAGCCCUAAUCAUGACUGCACCAGGAGUCACUACUCUGGGCACCACACCUGGUUCAGGACACCUUGGACACAGCCUUUUUCACCUGUAGUUCUGGUCCUUGGAAGUGUGGUGUGAUCCUGCAGAUGUUUCGGCCCCUGUAGUACAGCCCUCACCUGGGUUUGACUUCUCAUUUAGAGAGAAGCAUAACAUUUGCCAUUGGAAGAUAAAUACACGUAAAGCUAUUUUCUCUUAAAAAGUCCUAAAUACAGUAAUUUUCUGAGGCUUAGGGGACAUCAUGCACUUUCAGCAGGCCUCAGGAUUUGGUGGAUAUAGCAGUAGAUGAGUUGUCUAUGGAUCUUGUUUCAGUCACUGGCUUUGUCCUGCCAGCCUCAGUGUCUUUAUUAUAAAAUGAGGUAAUGCCUGUCUUAGGGGGAGGAGCACAGGAAGGGCAAGGAUUACUCAGUGCAAAAGUGCACGGAGGCCAGCAGGUGGAGCUGUGCAAGCACUGACUUUUAGGCUCCAUUCUCCAGAGUUGUGUGGGACACAGGCCCUUGAUUCCUGGGGGGUUUCCCUUCCAUUGUUCCUACCCCCUAGCCUACUCUGGCUUGUAACAGGGUUUUUAUUAAAACUCCUGAAUCCCAUCAAUCACAUAAAGGUCAGGACCUCAGUAAGUGCAUAGGAAAAGCUUGUUGAUUUUUAACAGCUCCAAGAGGACUAGCUGGGUUUUUCUCUCAACAACUAACCUACUACCCAAAUUGAAUGACCCAGCAGCUGGGUGAAUUUAGGGCAGUCCUAUUUACACACCUUUGUUCCUCACCUCUACACCCACAGAUGUGAAUAGUACACAUGUUAAUGUCAUAUUUACUUGAGUGUCACAAGCCUGGAAAGUUGCUUUACACCCUGGUCAUAAUUUUGUUAGGGGGACCCAUGUAAUGAUGAUAAUUAAACUUUUAUGCUGAUUAGCCUUUUUUUUUGAUGGUGUUGCCGAGGAGUUUCUUCUCUACUUUAAAUAUAAUUAUUUUAACAGUGACAGAAAUUUGAUUCCAUCCAGUGUUGAUACGAGGAUUGUUUGGCUAGAAUCUUUUGUUAGUGCCAAACAGUUCAUCUGAUUUGCUCAGGACCUCUCCAUGAGUUUGCAGCCAGUCUGCACAGAUUCAUUCUUGAGCAAGUUGAUACUAUACUGCUGUCUUUCCAACCUACAAAGUGGGUCUAAUAUCUGUUCCUUUUCUGUCCUGAAGAACAGAUUGUGCCUCUACGAUAGCUUUUUGGUUUUUUUAAGAUUCAUUUUUAAAGAUUUUAUUUAUUUAUUUUAGAGAGUGGGGAAGGAAGGGAGAAAGAGAGGGAAAGAAACAUGGAUAUGAGAGAAAAAUCUUGUUCAGUUACAUCUCGUAUGUGCCCCAACAGGAGGGCCAAACCUGCAACCUAGGCAUGUGCCCUUGACUGGGAAUCGAACCAGUGGCCUUUUGCUUUGCAUAAUGAGCCACAUAGUCAGGGCUCUUUGGGAUAAUUUUUAAAGAACUUGACAAAGACAAUAUUUUAAAUAGGUAAUGAUUUUAAAAUUCAGAGAGGAAUGAGAGCUGUGGUAAAUUUGAACCUUUGUGUCUUGUCUCACUGGCCGGCCUUCAACCACUGCUCCCUUGUCAGCUGCAGCACCUCUCCCCAAUACUGUGUGCUGGUUGGCCUCAUUUUGGGAGAAGACAGUCUGGAAUCUAGUGGUGGGUUCAUCUUGUGUCGACCUCCUCAGGCUGACUUUAUGUGCACAAUAGUGGAACAGUCUAGUUGAUGCAACCCAUACUUUCUUAGAUGAAUGACUUAAUAUUAUUUAUAUAACUUUAUAGGAAAGAAAACUGAGUAGUGAUUUUUAUAUAUUUUAAUAGAUAAUGUACCCCAUAUAUUGUGCAUACAAGAAUAUUAGGGAAAACCCCAUCAUUCUGCCACAAAAAUCAAUUUAAAUGUGCUGGGCCUAAGUAAGUCAACUUCUUGACCGAGAAUAGAGGGCUUUGCUUUUAGUGCUUAAUUUUUACCAUUACAAAGAAGCUGAUAAAUUGCUUUUCACAGUUUUCAGCAGAGGAGUCUUGAUUUGACUCAGGUGUUAAUUUUUUGUCCCAAAAUGUCAUUUCCUGCAUUUUAUUUGUUAGUUUGCCAUGGUCAGUUGUAAAAUAGAGCCUUAUCAGGUUUAAAUAUGUGAUAAGCUUUUAUUGUAAACAUAAAAUAGAUUUGCUCUAAUGUGACUUACUAAAAUGGUUUUAAAAUUAAAUCAAGUUGUUCAUUCAUUCUGCUUUAUUAUCUAUUAUAAAAACUCCAUCAAGAUUCAGUUAUUGCUUUUCAUAGGAUAGAGGUCCUACUUUGAUAUUUUUAUCAUCAAUAUACAUUUGUAGAAUGGUCUGUGGUUUUUAAAGUGUUUUCACGUACUUUGACUAUCUGACAUUUUAAUGAUAUAAGGAGAUAGAGACAAGGUAGGGUGGUGUUGUAGGAUGCCCAAUUCUGUGGUGUGGCCUGGGCAUCAUUGUAGUUUAAAGUUUCACAGGUGAUUUCUGUGGGUAGUGGUGAGACACUCAUCGUAGUGUGGGCCCGUCUCCAACCUCAGGAGGGCCUAGGCUGUGUGAAUGUCUAGAGCAGAGAGUCUGUAUGCAACUGGUAAGGAGGUGUGGAGACUUAAAGCUUAGAACACUUAGAACAGGACGGUUUGUUAGGAUUUUGAUAGUUUUGGUGGUUUGUUCAAGUUUGAGAAAGCAUUCUUCUUUUUGAUGGUAGUUCUGGGUCUCCUUUUUGAUUAUGGGUACUUUACAUUUUCUCCAUGACAGUAACAUUAGAUGAUGGCACAACUUUCCCUCUGUGUCAGAGUAAAGCUGAUGAGUUUUUAAAAAAACAAAACAAUUAGAGUCCUGGCUUGUGUGGCUCAUGGGAUUGAGUGCCAGCCUUUGAGGCCACCGUUUUGAUUCCCAGUCAGAGCACAUGCCUAGGUUGUGAGCCAGGCCCCCUCCCCGACCCCCCUUGGGGGCUUGCAGGAGGCAACCACACAUUGAUGUUUCUCUCCCUCUUCCUCCUUCCCCUCUCUAAAAAUAAAAUCUUUUAAAACUUUUUUUUUAUUCUUUAAAAAAAGAAAUAAAAACAGAAUUUGGUUGGCAGUGAACUUGAGAAGAGAACUUGAGGUCAUCACUCAUAACAUCCAGCACCAGCAGUAAGGUAUCCUGUCUCCACGUGGCUGUUUGGUUUCAUCUGUCUGAACUCACUGCAGGGCUCUCUGGCAGUUCCUUCUCAGAUGGGGCUUUGGUGUGCUGACUCUAGAGAGCAGUUUCUUACAGCAGAGUUGUGAUAAUAAAAAAAGUGAAUGGAGCUGACACAGUCACUGCACAUACUGCCUACAGGGUCUGCUCUCCAGGAAGUUGGAGCAAAAUGUCUACAAUAGUUUGGUUGGUAUACAGCUCUCUGCAGGGGUCAAAUGUAUGCCAGUUACUGGCUUCUGAAUUUCAAGGUCGCUUCACACUGGGUCACCAUGCAGCCCCUUUCCUUCUGGUGUUAACCAUGGCAGGAUUAAGAGUUAUUUGAAGCAUUUACUUCUGUGAAGUAAGCUACAUAAAACAGAUUGGGAUUGGGGAUGAUAGAACUAUGGAUGCAUUAUAAAAUAGAAUCUUUUUCUACCUGGAAUUCAAGCCCUGAGGCCCUCAUGGAACAAAGGUUUGCAGAAGCCUGAGGUUGAGGGCAAACAGUCAUCUGGCUUCUGUAGUGGCUGGUUUGCCAUAGUUCUCAGACUUCUCUUUGUUAACUGUAUAGGAGGCAAUAAAUACCUGGCUCCACGUGAUGUUUUGAAAAUUGUGGGUAUAGAUAUAGGUUAGAGGUCAAACCUGAGAGUUUUGAGAUUGGGAUUUGAAGUUUCUUCCUCCCUUCUCUGAGGGAAAGUUAGACACAGUCUCCUGGCUGGGCAGAGGAGAUGGGGCCUGGUGGGGAGGGGGCUCUCAUGCUGCUCCAAACAGAUGUCGUGUGAGGCUGCUGUCCCCCUUAGCUAGGAGCAUUCUCAUUUCUGACACUGCAUGUAAAGCCUGUGGAGGUGAGGGCUGUCUGGAAGUCUUAAGUGGUUUUUAGGAUAGACCUGGCCUUGAUGAACUUUGGCCUGUAUUUAAAUGUAAAUGAAGGCUGAUUGGGAGCUCAGAAUCUGGGAUCUUCCCUUCUUUUGCUGCAUCAUGCAUAAAUCAUAAGAGACCCCUUGAGCCUGUGUCCUGAAGCCCGUUUUGCUUAUACUCCUGGUGUUGGUGUUCCUGCUGUGUUAAUGUAUGGUGUCUACACCUCUGAGUGAAUUCAUUUAUAUUUAUGAAAGGAUUGCCUUUAGGGGCCUUCAGAAUCAUAGGAUAAAUUAAAUGUUUUGUGGCAUAGUUGCUACCACUGUCACUGAAUUAAAUGAUGAGAAGGAGGUAAGUCAAGACAACAAAAAAAAUGUGGGGAUUUGGAGUUACAGUUUUAUUGUGAUCACUGAAGGAAGCUGAGGGUCAUUCAUUUUGAUGGUUCACAUUGAUCAAGUUUAUGACACUACUAAAUUGCCAUACAUAUUUAAUGAAGCUUUUUUCUUUCCUAUGAAUUAUAAGACCCAUGUUUUUUAAAGGCAGCAAUAUAUUUUAUACUAAUCCAUGGUUGGAAGAGGGCCUAGAGAAGCAGAAUUCUAAAGUGAGGGGUCCCUGUAUUUGCACCA